GUCGUGCACUGCUGGUCCUCCUCUUGUCCGCAACGGUGUCUCUCCUGGGAGGGCUGAUAUUUGGAUAUGAGCUGGGGAUAAUCUCUGGUGCACUGCUGCAGUUGCAGAUAGAUUUUCACCUCAGCUGCUUCAAGCAGGAAGUCGUGGUGAGCGCUGUCCUUAUCGGAGCGCUCCUCGCCUCUCUGGUUGGGGGGAUCCUCAUCGACCGCCACGGCCGGAGGAGAGCAAUCCUGGUCAGCAACUUGGUCCUGUUGGUUGGCAGCCUGAUCCUCACGCUGGCAAGAUCAUUUAUUGUGCUGGUCAUCGGGCGCAUGACCGUGGGCUUUGCCAUCUCUGUCUCAUCCAUGGCCUGUUGCAUCUACGUCUCAGAAAUGGUGGCUGCUCAUCGGCGAGGGCUGCUGGUGUCUCUGUACGAAGCAGGUAUCACUGUAGGCAUCCUGCUGUCCUAUGCACUGAAUUACAUCUUUGCAGACGUGGAUGAAGGAUGGAGGUACAUGUUUGGACUGGCCAUUGCCCCAACAGCCAUGCAGUUCCUCAGCAUCCUCUUUCUCCCAGUGAACCCUGUUAAAUUAAGCUCAUGGGACUCGGACUGCCAAAAGGGCCUCAUUCAGUUGCAGGACACUGAGGACAGGGCAGCAGCAAAGCGUGAGCCCUAUCAGGAGAAGCAUUACUCAUUUCUUGACCUUUUCAGGACCAGAGACAACAUGAGAAGGAGGACUCUGGUGGGCCUGGGACUGGUGCUCUUCCAGCAGUUCACUGGACAGCCCAAUGUGCUGGGCUAUGCCUCCAAAAUCUUCCACUCGGUGGGAUUCCAGAGCAACUCCUCGGCAAUCCUGGCCUCAGUUGGGCUGGGGGCAAUAAAGGUGGUGGCCACGCUGGUUGCAAUGGCCUUGGCAGACAAAGCUGGCAGGAGAGUGCUGCUCAUGGCUGGCUGUGUGGUGAUGGCCAUCUCAGUCACCACUAUUGGCCUCACCAGCUGCAUUGCUCCACUGGCCAUGGCCAGGGACUGCAAAGCAGCCACAGAUCUCAAUGCAUCCCACAGCCUCACCCAGCACCCUCUGACACCUAUAUUCACCCAGCCUGCUGUGUCACCCAUCCCACCGGCCUCAGGUGUUGGCAGAAGUCAGGCAAGCCCUGGUUUUGCUGCCACAAGGAGCCUUACAGAAGUUUUUGCUAGUACUCAAAGCAAAGAGGUUGUUGCCAAUUCUUUCCUCAUUCAGAAAAGGGACUCGGUAGGUCAGUCCAAUAAAGGGAUAGUGGAAAGCACAGGCCCUCCUCUCGUUGGUGCUCCCUGGGCACAACAUACAGUCUUAAAUUGGAUUACACUGCUGAGCAUGAUGGCUUUUGUGAGUGCCUUCUCAAUUGGAUUUGGACCAAUGACCUGGCUGGUCCUCAGUGAGAUUUACCCUGCUGGGAUAAGAGGAAGAGCCUUUGCCUUCUGUAACAGCUUUAACUGGGCUGCUAAUUUACUGAUUAGCCUCUCCUUCCUUGACCUUAUUGAUGCCAUUGGUUUCUCUGGGAUGUUUCUUCUCUAUGGACUGAUGGGAGUGAUGGCUGUUAUAUUCAUUUACCUUUUUGUUCCGGAAACAAAAGGACAAUCCUUAGAGGAGAUAGACCAGCAGUUCUCCAGAAAACGGUAUGUGUGGGUGUGGGAAGGAAAUGUGUUCAAGCAGAGACGUGGAAGAGGAGCAAACUGCACACACAUGCAGUACCAGAGAGUGGAGCACACCAGCAGCACAUGA